CCCUCGUCUGCAGUUACGCGUGGAUACCCCUUUAAAAGACUCACCAUGUUGCCAUCACAUGCUUCAGCACAGAAGUAGGAUGAGGAUGUUCUUGUUGUUGUUAUGUAAAACACAUUUGUUUCUUAUAAUAGUCCGUAAUCUCUAAAAACGAGACUUUUGGAGAGGAUUUCUUCACUUUGUAUGGCAGGAAGGGGGGGGCAGCCCACCCCCAGACAGUCAGCGCUGCAGUCAGUCAGUCAGUCAGUUAGUCAGUCAGUGUUGUGCUGCUAGUUGUUGUUCAGUAGCAAACACAAGCGACUGGUGCGCAAACUGAAAGCUGCGUACAGUGUUAAUGCCGAGUGACGGAUAUAAGCGACGCGUGUGUGUGUGUGUGUGCUGACUGUAUCUCCAGCAGCAACACGCAAAGGUUUGCAGCCGUGUUGGCGUCGGAGGAGUGGAUGGGAUAGAGGAAAUAAACAUCCUGAGCAAACCGUGCUCGUCUCGGAAAGGAGCACUACCCCUCUUCUUCUUUUUCUUCUUCUUGCGAGAGGAGAGUUGUUUGCUCCGUCUCUUCUUCCUCUCUAGGAGGGUUUUAAAAGAGGGGUUCUCUCGGGGUGGAGUGGAGCGAAACAUCGGCGACAUUCGUGUUUAUUUCCUCUAGUUGGGCUGCAUCGGUGAACCAGCCGGACGAGGCGGACUUGUCUCACCUAGCCAUUUGGAAAACAAGGUGCCCCGACUGGCCGCUGAAUAUCAGACAGAGAUAGUGCCUGCUGACACACGGAGCUACGGUACGGCCCCGUGGAGAAGCAUGUGAUGACUCACGCAAGGCACAAGGGUUCCCUCAGGCAGAGUGACAGUAGUGCUGAGUGGUGGGACAACUGCCCUCUUUGGCCACAUGGUGGCGCUAUGGGCGGCGCCUGGCCUGAGCGCUCACUACGAUUCGGCAGGACAAAGAAGAUACGUGAGUUCAUCAAACAAAGCAAAGACCCAGCCAAGAGGAUGAAUGACAAGAAAGGGAGGAGAGAAAAAUCUGAUCAAAACAGAAAACUUGACCGGAGGCGUGACAAGAAACGGGACAGGAAGUUGUAUCCUUUGCGGGGCAGAGCUGGGGUUUCAGACGGGGAAGGGCUCAGUUGCCAUGUCCUCCUAACGCGAUUGGAGGAAAGCAUCCGUGAACAGGAGCGUUCUGAAAUAAAGGAGCGAAAGGAUGCACGCCGACAUUUAUCUCACAAACCCAAACCUAAAAAAAGGAAAGGCAGUGAAAGAAAAGAGGAAAAGUCAUUACCAAAAACCAAAUCAAAGUCAAACAGCCCGCGCCAUGGCGAGUGUGUCCCACAACCUCGCAAGCGAAGACUAGCCUCGCUCAAUGCUGAGGCAGUGAACAGUCUACUGCUUGAUAGAGCUACUGACCUUCAGCCGACAGCCAAACAGGCCAGGAGACAGGAAGAGCCCACGAAUGUAGGGGUAUCUCUGCAUGCACAUCCAGUCAGAAGUGUUGUCCCUGGAGGUCUGAAGUCUUCACGAGGAAACAUCAGUAAAGCCUCCGUGUCUCACAAACUUGAACUGUGCCAAAGCUCUAAGAAGGUCAAGAAGGCCAAAGCCAACCGAGAAGAGAUCGGGGGGAUGAAUCAGGAGAGUCUGCAUGCCCCCGCCCCCAGAAGACUGGCUGGACUCAAUGCUGCAGCCCUGCUGAAGUUAACCAGCUCCUCUGCUACCAGUAAACAGAGAGUAAAGGCUGCACCCACAGCUACUAUCACAUCAGACUCCAAGACUCCUGCUGCGGCCUCAACCCCAAAACAGCACUCCAGAGUCAAACUCAAACACAAGGGGCGCUCACAGAAGCAGAAGGGGAAAAAGGUCCCUCCCGUGCACAGUAGCUGCACAGCCUGCAAGAAGAAGGCGGACUUUGAGCCCAAAGUGGAGUGGGAGCCCGGCAGCUGCACCCAUCGACUGACCAAACCAGGCUAUCAGUCGCGCAGCAUGCUGGCGUACCCGCUGAAACAAGUGAAGGAAGAGCAACUGGAGACCGAACUGAGCCCGUACUACUGCUGUCCCCCAGAGGGCUCAGUGGAAUACUGCCACCGUUUAGCCUUCUUCCUGGGCCAGCAGCCCUACGGAGAAUCAGACGACCAGCCGCUUAACUCAGCCAUGCCCCCUGUGAAGCGCGAGUGCCUCGUAACCUCACCGUCCCUGACGCAUUCCCACCCGCACACGGCUCUGACCCUCAGCCCCCACCCCUGCCUCUGCACCGCCGAACACUGCUUCUCCAGCUACUACGUUCACAUCGCCCACCCGACACACACUGGAACAAUGUCAGCAAGCCUGGCCUCGCGACCUCCUAACUUUGCACCCUCCAGUUUAUGCCCUAAUCGGAUGACUGGCUCCAAGCUGCUGGGUCCACGGAUGUCCCACGCCUCUGGGCUGCCCCACCCUGCCUACUGCAACUCUGUGGCUUCGCCCUGUUAUGGUGACGCCUGCGGGAUCAGUGGCUACACCUACAGAGCCAUGCCUCCUGUCACCAGCAGGGGUUGUUCUUUCAGCACAGGGUGCGCUGGAUGCACACACAGCAUCAAAACAGAGGGUUACUCCUCCCCUCAGGUUGACCACAGCCCCUCCCUUCUGGUUCCCCCGUCCCUGCCCAUGUCCAGCUGCCCUCUAUCCAGCGUGCCCACGUCCACCCAGACUAAACCCCACCUGCUGACCACCCUGUCGGGGCGAGACCAGCCCCAGGCCAGGUUAAAGCUGGCCAGAGAAUGCCCACAGAGCACCAAGCCCUCCAACGGCUCCCUGUCCAUUGGCCGCACACGGCUGCCCCAGAAACAGCCGUCGCCCUUGCCAAGCCUCAGCAGCACCAAACAAAAGAGACUCAGCCGCAGACGUGCCACCAACGGUUGGCGGCCCGUUGGAAUGCCUACAGAGAGGGAGGUCUUCAUUGCGGGAGAGGAUGAGACAGCCCUGCGGCAGUGUUAUGAAGGAGUCGAGAGGGAUGGUGAAGUGAUACGUGUCAGAGACACUGUGCUUCUACGAUCAGGCCCCAGGAAGAAAUCCCUCCCAUAUGUUGCCAAGAUAUCAGCACUGUGGGAGGACCCCAAAACAGGAGAGCUGAUGAUGAGUCUUUUCUGGUACUACCGACCUGAGCACACCCAGGGAGGCCGAGAUCCCAGCGCACACUGUGAGAAUGAGAUUUUCGCCUCUCGGCAUCAGGAUGAAAAUAGUGUGGCCUGCAUAGAAGACAGAUGCUAUGUUCUCCCACUAGCCCAGUACUGUAGAUUUUGUGCCUUGGUGAAGCGGCGUGCCGAAGGCGCCCCACCUGGCAGUGCCAGCAUGGUGCCCUGCCGCCCCGACUUCGCCCCCCCUUCCCACCGCUGUGUGCCCACAGAUGUCGACCCUGAGCUGGUGUAUCUCUGCCGGCACGUCUACGACUUCCGCUACGGACGCAUCCUGAAGAACCUGCAGUAGAGGGUAGUAGGGGUGUCGCGCCCAUGAAUUAAUCAUAACAUGGCUCCCCCUCCUGCACAGAAGUGUGGGGGGUUACUGAACACCCCUGUCUUUUCUGCUGGGGACGCUCAUGAUCAUAGGGAAGGGGGAUGACUGGGUGAGGCUGGUUUUGGAGAGGGACAGAUGAAGCAAAAAAUGUUUGUGACACAUUAUGAAGCACAGAUCCCUUUAGAUGACUACAGAGGAGUUACAAUGUGAUAGAUUAAUCCAUCUCAGUCAGAGCACCAAUAUUUCCUGGUUUAGGAAGAGGGAGGAAGGGAGAAUUCAUUCACAGGUUGGGACUUUUCAGCUUCCACUUGGUUACAUGGAGGCUUGCGUGCCUGCCAGGAAUUCUGAACACCAGACUGAACUGGGCUACUGUCAGGACCAUGUUUCCCCCAAAGCAUCUCAGCACAACAAUCAUGUUUGUUCCAUUUGUAAGCCAGUGGCUCAGGAAUGGUCUGGCGCUAAGGUUCUUCCGGGGGAACACAAGCCUGCACUGUCAGCUCAAUGUUAACGGCGUUCAACCAGCCAGGGGGAAGGAGGAGCUAAUGGAGAGUGUCGUCUUAUUUCUCCUGAUUUGAGUUCGUCUCACAUGUGUGUGCAUGCGAAAGAGAGAGUGGGAGAGUGGGUGUUGUCAGUGUGGAUAAAUGGAUAAAUGUGGGUAUGUGUGAUGGUUUUUUAGAAGGCUUUCAGGCAAUCAAACCAAACAAGCAGCUUUAGAGGAAGCGGAGCUCUCUACCCCCUGUACUCACUUCUGUGUGCCACAGCGCACUGACACUGACAGAUACAUUUUCAUCUCGCGUGAUGCUCUGCACAAACUAAAAUACUGUACCUGUAGGGGGUUUGUGAGACAGAUCUUUCUUUACCAAACUAGAAUCUAGAGCAGGGCUUCUUAAACUGCAGGUCAGGUCACUAAAACUGAUUUUAUUUAGGGAAAACACACACAUGACAAAAGCCCCAGUGGAUUUUCUAACUAACAUCUCAGCCGCAGUCCUGACUUGAAGGAGCCUUGCUCUGGAGAGGCUCGUCUAAGAGUUGAAAUACUCCUGAGCCCUGUGAAGGUUUAUCAAGAUGAGGGCCACUGUUGAUUGUUUUUUGGUUGUUUUUCUUUAUGUUUUUUCACCUUUAAUGUUCCCUGUGACUUGCCUUAUGACUUGCAGGUAGAGCUCUAGGCAGCUAGUCUCACCACAUACAACUAGGAAGUGGUAGAGCGGGUGUAAUGUAGUCCCAAGAAAAAAAAGGAUUGUGUUGCCGACUGACUGACAGCUAUGACAUGAUCACUGGACAAAAUGCGCUGGUUUAGGGCCGCAACCAAUGAUUUAUUUUCAUUAUUGAUUAAUCGUUUUCUCAGUAAAAUCUCACAAAAUAGACCAACCAAAACCCAGAGAUAUUCAGUUAACUGACAUGUAUGACAGAGAAAAACAAACAUUUUGUCAUUUUAUGCUGAAGAAAUUACUAAAAUAAUGGUUUCAUAUCAGUUUUCAGUUGAUCGGCUCAUUGUUGCAGCUCCACGCUGGUCGGAAUCUGCUGUGCUUCUAGCUGCUCGCGUUGCGUCCGGAAACGUCGCAAUGUCUCAGAAAUGUCUGCUCCACCGUUCUCAUUCUACAUCCCCCCCCCCCAACCUUCCCCUUACGAAGACAAACCAAAGGAUGUCACAUAAGCCAGAAUCCCCGUCUCCUCCCUCGUACUUCUUCUCCUUGUCAGCACUUCUGCCCCCCUUCCCUUAUUAUAUUGCACUAAUCCAUUCCUUAAUUACAACAAACAUGUUAUGUUUUGUUUUUUGUUCCAGCUACUAAUAUCUUACCGGGGGGAACAUACUGUGUAUCAUUUAUAUGUGUGUGUGUGUGUGUGUGUGUGUGUGUGUGUGUGUGUGUGUGUGUGUGUGUGUGUGUGUGUGUGUGUGUGUGUGUGUGUGUGUGUGUGUGUGUGUGUGUGUGUGUGUGUGUGUGUGUGUGUGUUUCGUAGAGAAGGAAACAGUAAGGACGUCAUGGCUGCUUUUGUCAGUGCAAACUGUAUAUUUCUAUUCUCUCGCCAGUAGAGGAAUUGGCCAGCGUGUUCGUCAUGUUACCUGAUUCACAACCUGUUGAAUCCCAUGGAAUAUAUACAGUAUACAGUAUAUAUAUAUAUUACUAGAGUCAUUCCAUUUGAUUUUUCAAUCAGCUCUGACAUACUUAUAUAAAUAUACAGUAUAUAAAUGUAUGUAUCCACACUGUUAAUGUGAUUAGAUUUCAAAAAGGCACCUGGAUGGAGGCCUGACGCGCUGUGUGGACAAACGUAGCACCAUGCUAGACGUGUAUGUGGAUUGAAGGGUGGGGGAGGGUGGGGGUUUGUGGGUGGGAAUGCGUGGGAGGGUAUUUGAUACUUAAUUGAGUUGUGGUGGAUUUCAGACCACACUCAUUUAUUGCCUUUUAACCUGCAAGUGUUGUACUGUCACUCAGAAAACGAGUAGUGUCGGAGUGUGUGUACCUUUUUUAAAAACAUAAAGAGUACCCGAUUGCUUUCCUACACAGCAAACGCCCUGUUCUUCAACAUUGGAUAAGCCGUAAAAGUUUUCAACACUCUAAAGCCAUCUUUAACUUUUUCUCUAUUUGAGCAGCAUGACUCCUAACCCAAAACAAAAUCAAAACCUGAUCACUGGGUUUUUUAUUUCUAUUAACGCCCAGAUUCUUCAAAGAGGUAAUAUAUAUUCUCCUACUUUACAAUUUCUCCUUAGUAAGAAUAUUUUAUUAUGUCGAUUUCCUAAGAUGGCAUAUGCAAUAUAUUUUUAGACUUACUAUUUUUGGAAAAAUGAACUUAACAAAUCAAGAAAAGAAUAUGCAUUAUUUUUUAUUUUAUUUCAAAUUAGUUUUAAAUCAUCGCAGGAUUAAUUGAGAUUUGACCAAAUGAAAGAAAGAGGAGAAUGAAGGGACUUGAUGCCGUUAUAUGACUUAAGGUUGUAGAUGAUAGGCAGUGAGAAUCUCCCUUCUAGGUGAUUUCUAAUGAAGUGUACAUAUCUGAACCCAGAAAGCACCGGGCACUCUUUAAACAAGCAGACAGCCAAUGCACAGUGUAGUAUUUUUGCAAGAUCUGUAAUAAUUAUAUUUAAAGUAAGAAAAAAAAAAUAUUUAAAUGGAGUAAACAAUACAAUAUAUUAAGAUUUCAAUUUAACUUAUUUGGAAAUACUGUGUCUAAUUGAUUAACUAUAUCCUGUUUCUUUGUGCUCCAGGAUAGAAAUGAUUUCUGUUUAUUUGUAACUUAUAAGUUUAGAAAUUAAAUGAUUGAGUGGUGGUUGUUGACAGAGAUGUAAAUGUUGUUUAGUUUAUAUCACUUAGUUGUCAGGGGGAGACCAGACCAAAGCACACCCUGGCAGACGGGAGAGCAGAAGUGGCCACAAAUCACAGACACAGGUUUGAUUCAAUUCCCCUUUGAGAUACUUAAAAAGUCAAAUCUGAACUGAGACCUAUGGGAAGAGGCGACUUCUAGCUCUCCUGCCUAACCUGACUGACCUUAAGUGUGACGUUUGGGAGAAUGCCGUGGCAACAUGGUCACCUGAGCUUUUAUUGAUUUGUCCAAUUAGGGGAGAGACAGAGUCUGUACACCUGAGACAGGACGGGACGUCCUCUGGGCUCUCGGUAGAAGAUCCCCUGAGGCGCUGAUCUAAGAGCAGUUUCUCUAAAUUUAGCCCAAUAUUAUAGAGGAUUUACAGUAAGAGUCAGGAAUAAGGGACUGUAUGAAAAUUACUAGGGAGGGUGGGGCAGGGAGAAAAGGUAAAGUUACAUAUUUUGGAUUUUUGCUUAAUGCAUUUUUUUGGGCAUUUUCUCACCUAAAAAUGCUAUUUUUUUUUCAUUCAUUCUGGGGCAAAAAUAUUGCGCAGCUUAAGUCUAUCAGCACUAAAAGAGCCGGUGCCUGGGCCUGUUUUCCAUAAAGAUGUUAUUUUGAGAUAUUAAAGGGCAGGCACCGCAGUCGGCGAAUGUUAAUUAAAAUAUUAAUAUUGCUGUGAAGGUUCUUGCUUUUUUUAUGACCCCCAGUCAUUUUUUUACGGUCCCUUAUUUAAGCUGUUAAAGCUACAAGGUUUUCCAGGGGGCUGAUUGAAAAUUUAAGAAUUUCAACACAAUUAAGUUAAAUAAUUAAUCCUCAAAUUGAGGAUUUGCUGAACAGCUUCUCCCACCAUCCAAAUCAGCUGGCCACCGUUGCCUUUCUCCCAGAUGUGCAUUGAUGGUGUUUGUCCCCUAGAGGGCGGGAAUCCUAUGUGUGCAGAACUGUCUUAUGGCCACAUCCCGAUGCUGUUCAGCGGCUUCCUCUCCUUGUCCUCUUUCCUUGCAUCCUCAUCUUUUCAGCUUCUGAGAGUGAUGCAGGAACUAUCUGGAAAAGGAGAUGAAGAAAGCUGAGUAAGGAAGUUGCCAUGAGUCAUCCUCCCGAGUGCUGGCCAGCCUUGAAAAACGCAUGGAUUAGAUUGUAUGUUAUUAUUUAUGUGACUUAAUUUCCUAGCAGCUUUUCAUGGACACAGUUGCAUCCUUUGUUACCAUGACAACGACAAAGGCAAGGCCAGCACUGGGGAGAAGUCGGUUUCUGUGAACGUAGGGCGUCCACAGUGGCAGGGGUCAAACACUGAGUGACCUUUACUGAUGCCACACAGGAAGUGUGUUCACUCAAUGAGUCAAAACACAAAAGCACCCGACCAACCCAUGAGAUUCUGCUUUCUGUGUGGUCUGUAUUGAUGCUUAUUGUCGACAUAUAUUUUGAUAUAUUUGGAAAAAACGGGGGAUAUACAGUAAAAAGUCUAGAUAUUUUUGGAGUAGAGAAGCAAUGUGUGUAUCAGAUUAUUGUCACUUUGUCAUGCUCUCUGAAAAUCUCUUGGAUUUUUUUGGAAGAAUUGUAUAACAUCCCUACUGAUUUAAUGUUCCAUUGAAAGAAUAUUUAUAAAUUUUAAGUCCUUUGUGAAA